AUCACUCAUACAGUAUAAAAAAACAUUUAUCGAAUAUAUUAUGAUAUUUUACAAUCUUCGUGCCUUAUCUUUGUGAUACUUCUAAAAAGCAGAUGGCGGGAUAUUACCAUGCUGCCACUGAUCGUGUGAAGCGAAUAUUUUCUGCAACUGAAUCGUAUCUUUACCAACUUAAAGGUGCUGGAACAGCCGUUCUCAGUGUAUUGAAACCACGAAUACGACAAAAAGAAUAUUCAUUGGAACCUCAAUGGAAAGAAGGAAAUGAGGUCAAUCAUACUGUUUUCAAUACUGAAAACGAGAAUUUGAAUUCAAAUGAAAAUUUGUACAAACAACAGAAUGAAGGAUACCAAGAAAAGUGGUCAAUACUGUCAUGCAUCCUAGGUUCUUUAUGUUAUCCAUUUUUUCCAUGUGCCCAGUUCAUUUUGCCAAGUAAAUGUGUUUCCAAUGUAGCAAACUCAAAUAAAUUUUGCACAUCUUGUGGAUGUAACUGUUGUAUAUGCACCGGUGUAUCUUCCAAUGUUGACGGUUCUGGCAACUGCAUUUGUAACUUAGUCAGAUCUCAAUGGUUUUUCAACACUGUUCUCUGUAUGUGCCCAUUUCUGCUUGUGUUUUACCUCUUCUGGACCUAUUAUGAUGACUACCUCUCAAAGCUACUGACAUCGUUUGAAGAAAUGGAUCAGGAGCUGGCAUGCGUUAUCUUUGUUUUAUUAUUUAUUAUAGCCUCCCUACCACUUGUUUGGGGUUACGUUAUUCUGAACUUGGCUGCUGGCUACAGGUUUGGAAUUAUAGCUGGUGUGUUUGUCGUAAUGGCAUCAGUGACUAUCGGAUUGUCUUUAACCCAUCGUAUUUCCCAAAGAUUUUGUGCCAACUGUAUAAUGAAAUUAAUAAAACGACAAUCUAAUGCUGACCAUCUGGAAGGGAUACUAAAAGUUCUUGAUGGCCCGGCUGGUUUAAAAGUUAUUGCAUUGACUCGAUUGACACCAAUACCAUUUGGUCUGCAGAAUGGAAUUUUUUCAAUGUCAAAUAUCAAAACUCGACAUUAUGUUGCGGCCUCAAAUAUUGGUUUGUUUCCAACUCAAGUUUUGAAUUGUUAUAUUGGAUCUACAUUCCGAUCUGCUGAAGAUGUUCUAAGUCGUGGUGGUUCUAUUGGAGGAUAUGUUGUGUUCUUAAUACAGUUGUCUAUUGGAUUUGCACUGAUGACAUUUGUUGUGCGACAUGCAAGAAAAGAGUUAGCAUCUGCACUGAAGGAUUCUACGAAGAAGCCAGAGCCAAAUUGUGAAAACCUUGGUAAUACAUCUGAUGGUGAAAUCUUAACUGAUGUUCGAGUGACACAACCUGGCCAUGGAAGUCCUUCUCACAACUCAUCGUAACAAAUCUAUCUGGUUAUAUUUAGUUUUGACCAAGUAAUAAGAGCUGUAUCAAUAUGGUUCAAGAAAGUCAUUUUGCUUUUGUAAAAGGCGGAUUCCAAAGUUUGGGAAUGUUACAUUACAAUACAACUGUAUCUAUAACAAGCUUUAGCUGUUAUUGUGUGAAGUGAACCCACCCUGUUUGCUUUCAAUUUCAGUAAUCAAACUUGAUCGAGAGCACGAUAUCAUGUUAUAGUAUUUUCUAUUGAGUUAUGAAGCUCUUCGUUUUUGAAGCAAUGUUACCUAUCUUUGUUUUGUAUGCUAUCGGUUUAUGAUACAUGAACAUUCCUGCAUUAGGCUGCAUGACUGAAAAUGACAAUGACAUGGUACUGUUUCAUUGCUGUGUGUUCUUUUAUUUUAUUCUUGUUAUAAAAAUGCAAUUGAUUAUGUUUUUAUAUGCUUAAUUAAUAUGGGUUUAUAAUAUAUAAAUUAAUAUCUUGACAAAAAACAAUGCAAAUUCAAGAAAGUUUUUUAUUUUAAAACACUGAAUUACCAAUUUAUUUUCAAAAAUUGCUCAGCCGUGAGUUGGAAAACACAAAUUUAAACAUCAACAUGCUCACACAGUCACAAACUUACAUUUUUCUGGAAGACAUCGGGUUGUUUUGUUAUUGUUGACUCUGGGACUCUAAAAUAAGCAGCUGCUUACAUAUAUGCUCAUAUGACCAUAUGAUAACAAGGUAUAUACAUAUUUAUCUAGUUUUAGCAUUGAAAUGUUCAAACACAUCUCCUACUGUUGUGAGGGGACUGUUUCGCACAUUACAUUUGACUACUGUCACUGACUUGAUGACAUUGCAUUUGAAUUCCUAGUAUUAUUGUAUUUGUUGAUUACUUUUAGCUACGGUAUAUUAUUCAUUGUAGAAGCUUGAUAUAGUGGGUUAACUUUUGCUUCAGCAUCUUUUCUUUUAUAUGGAUAAUGAAGCCGAAUUGUUUUCUUUUUGUUCUGUAUUUAAAUAAAUUUAAAAUAUUUUUUCUUAUUCCUGCUUCGAUGUUCCAUUUAAAGCCAUAUAGGGUGAUAGCGAUUUAUACAACUCAAAAGUCAUUUCAGGCUGAAAAUGAAUCAGUUUGGUGGGUAUUGACCCAAUUUGUGGGCACUAUUUUCGAAAUAUUCAAUUAAUGUCAAACAAAGGCUAAAAUUAAUGCCAUUUCGAGAUAUCGUUACUGAAAAAUCAGAUAUUCAAAAAAUAUUGUUUUUUUAUGAAAUAUGUCAUUUCACUGUCAUAUGAAUUUGCAAAAUUACAAGGUAGAAUUCUAGAAUAUUAUUUUAUUCGGACAUAGACUUCCCUGCGGUCAUAUUGUAUUUCGUGUAUAUACCAGAAAUGUUUUUAUCCGAUUUAAAUCCGAUAUGGUUACUCUGCUUAUAACAAAUUAUUUUAUUUAUAAAUAUUGUUAACAAAUUCAUUAUUCUUUAUUCAAAGUAAUGUUGAUAAUAAUAAAGUACCGGUAGCAAUUUGGAAUUUUCUUCUACCGUUUGCUGUAGGUAUGGGUUUUAUUUUAUCAUCAUUUUUGAAGAUGCUUCAACUUUUAACCACUGUGCUCUUGUGUUUCAAGUAUCUAGUACUUUUUAUUUUUGAUCUUAUAUAUGUAAUUUUGAAUGCAUAAUUUCUGUUUAUAGUAUGAAAUGUACGAUUAAUCCUAUAAGUGGUAAACCGGUGCCUCUUCCAAAUCACUAAUUGAGAGUUAAAUAUGAAAGAAGUAGAUCUGUGUGGAAUUCAUCUCGUCAUACCAAAGUGCUUUUAUGAUGUCACAAUGUUGAAACGGUUAGGGUUUUCAGUAAAUUCAUAUUUUUAGUUAAUAUUUAACAGGGAAUAUACCAGUUUCAUGAGGCUAUUUGGUGGUUAUACUUAUCUCAGUUAUCUGCACAAUAUUUCUCAUCUAAAGAAGCACUUUUUUAAUUCUAAUGAAUAUAAAUUUAUUAUUUUAAAAGAUG